AUGUUCUUCCCUCGCAUGUUAGCUUCGGCCGCCCUUGCGAGCGUCAGCCUGGCGGGUAGCGUCGCCUUUCCUGCGCUCUGUGACAAGUUUGACGCGGCUGUCUCGAGCAGCUCCUUUGUCAAAUGCGGUGUCGCGCCUGAGCGGUGGAGCGAAUAUGAAGAACCUCAGCCCGGAGCCAUCAUCACGGUUGGGAAGGAAGACGACGUCGCCAAAAUCGUGCAGGUUGCAAACGCGUUCAAGGUCGAGUAUCUUGUACAAAGUGGCGCGACUGGAUGGGCUGACACUUUCACCCUGGGCCGUACCGGCAUCAUCAUCGACGUCUCCCAGCUAAAGUCCAUUAGCUUCAACAAGGACAAGACGCAAGUUACCUUCCAAUCCGGUGUUCUCAUCGAGGAUCUCGUUGGUGCAGCCUACAACAAUGAUGCUCGCGUCGCCACGGGCACUUGCAACUGUGUCAGUGUCCUUGGCGCAGGCCUUGGGGGUGGUGUCGGGCGCGGAACAGGCAUGUACGGCUUGGGAUCUGACCAGCUUCUCAAGGUGAAUCUGGUCGACGCCAAUGGGAAAAAGGUCACCGUCACGCCCACGAGCAACCCGGACCUCUGGUGGGCAUUGAACGGCGCCGGCCCCAACUUUGGCAUCGUCACAUCGGUUGUCUACAAGAGCUACCCGAUGCCCCAGGAUCAGAACACUGCCUGGACAGGCCUGCUGCCCUACGACUCGAGCAAGCUCGAACAAGUCAUCGCCGCCAUCGAUAAGCUUGAUUUUGAGCCCGAGAUGCAAUUGGACUUUUACUUUACCCAGGGCCAACUGGCUGUCUUGCCCUUCUAUCUUGGCUCGGAAGAGCAGGGCCGCAAGAAGUUCGCCUCGAUCCUGGACAUUGGACCGUUGGCGGAUGAUACUGCCGUCAUCCCAUUCAACACCUGGAAUGCCGCCGGCGACAUGUUCUGCGCCAGGGGCGGUCGCAAACCUGCCUAUACCGCCAACAUGCAGACUUUGGACCCUACGGCCUGGCGCAACGCCUGGAACGAUUACCUCUCGUUCUAUCAAACCUACCCUGAAGCGAACCAGACAACGAUUUUGACGGAGUGUUAUUCCACUGCCAAGAAUCUGGAGAUUGGGGGUGCAAAGUCGGCCUACCCAUGGCGUGACAUCAAGUGCUAUGCCAUCGUAAUCCCUUGGUACACGAGUCCAUCGCUCGAUGUUCAGGCAAAUGACUUUGCCAAACGACUCCGACACUUGUGGUACAACUCCUCCGGGACUAGUGCCAGCUCGUACGUCAACUUCGCGCACGGUGAUGAGCCUCUCAGCAACAUUUACGGCGGCAGCCUCGCCAAGCUGCAGCGUCUGAAGAAGCAGUACGACCCCAAGGGCAAAUUCAACGAGUGGUUCCCACUCUCUUGA